CUUAUUGCCAGCAGGGGGCAGCCGUGUCUCUGCUCACAGUCAGACAUGUCUGACAGUGAGGAGGUAGAGCAGCCCAGCCAUGCCCGCUCUCGAGUGAUCCCCCAGGCCGUGACCGGGCCGGACAGCACUCCUCUGGCUGGUCGCGAUGUGCCCCGGCAGUCCACCCGCGCUCCCCCCGGCCUGCUGGCCCUGCCCCCCGGUCUCCCCCUCCGGUUUGACAAGAACAUCAAGCAGGCUUUCUAUAACACUGGGGCGCUGCUGUUCGCCGCCGGGUGCUGCGGGGCCGCCGUGCUGGUCUACUUCAUCCUGGAAGCCUUCCUCAGGCCGCUGCUGUGGGCAGCGCUGUGCGGCACCUUCCUGCAUCCCUUUAAGACUUCGCUGACCGGCCUGGGCCGCCGCUGGCUGAACCGGUUACAGCGCCAGGGCUCCCCCAUCGUGCUGGCCACCAUGCUGCUGCCGGUCAGCUUCGCCAAUCACUGCCUGGAAGCCACCGGGGAGUUUGUAGCCCGCAGGCUGCGCUUACUGGUCCCUGUCCUGGCCGGGUUCCCCGCCAUAUACUGUCUGUACCUGGCAUGGAGCUACCUGGGGGUGAGGGAGCUGCUGGCACAGCUGUGCUGUAUGAUCUGUGGGGCCCUGGAGUACUUCAGCACCCUGUGGAUUUGGACACUGGUAAUAGGCUACGCUCUAGCAGUGUCAUUCAAGUGGAAUCCAGGAACCCAGCGUUAUCUCACAGCAAUAUCAAUACCUGUCUGGCUCAUACUGCUUUUUCAUUUAGCAUCAGUUGCUGGCUCCUGGAAGAUUCCAGUGUUCCUGAUGAUUGUAUUUCUUAUGACAGUUGGUACAUUUCAAGAGAAAAGGCAUGUACAAGGAUCAACAGGGACUGCGCUACCUGGUCAAAUGAUUACCAUAGCUGCUUCAACCAUUGCUAUGGCAAUAUCAAUUACUGGAUUUGAAGAACACCAGGAGCAGCUUGGAGGAGUGCACAAUGCUGAGUCCAUUCAGAAUGAUACUCCCACCAGCACACCAACUUCUUUGUCAGUGAGUCGGCAAAAAAACGAGAUUAAUGCCUUUCUGAAAAAGAAGAAAACCAGUGACAUUUAUUUUGUUCUUCUUAUGUGGGCUAUUGUGCUUGUACAGCUGUGGCUUCAUUUAUGGAUCAUACAGUUACUUCCAGUGCCUAUAGCAGUUUUUGCGAUCAAGAAGAUUGUGGUCCACUUUGGUGUGGUGAACUUUUUGGUACACCGAUUUGGAUCCUGGUGGCAAUUGGUAGAAGAUUUCAUCAAGGAACGGCAAGAGGCUUUGGCACCCAGACCUAUUCGAGGAUUGGGAAAAUUCAUUCUUAAAGUAGACACCAAGAUGUGGCAUUGGCUUAAUGAGCAGAUGAUCAUUUGGCUGGAGAAAUCUCUCGACAAAAUUAUCAGCAUAUUCAUAAUAUUUCUGCUGGUCAUUGGAACUCUUCUGUUAGCCCUGCUGCUAACAGCAAAGGUACAUGAAGAAAGUGUGCACAUAAUUGAAGUUACAAGCAACCUAAUAAAUGAGACGGUUUCCAAUCAUCCAGAAUGGGCAAAUUGGCUCCCUGAAGCUCAAGUUGUUCAAAAGGCUCUGAAUUCUGCUGCUAAUAAUGUGUAUCAGUAUGGUAGAGAAUGGAUUACAAAUAAGCUUCAUAAAAUAUUGGGAGAAAAAGUAAACAAUACCACUCUUAUUGAGAAGCAAGUUCUACAGCUUUGGGACAGACUUUAUCAUUCAUGGGUUAUUAAGAAUGUUACACAUUCCGGUAGACACAAAGGCCACAAGUUGCAAAUACAACGUCAAAACAGCUGGCUGGGAGAUAUUUUGGAUUGGCAAGACGUUGCUUCGUUUGUUCACGAAAAUAUUGAAACUUUUCUUUCGAUACUGGAGUCACUGUGGAUUGUGAUGAGCCGAAAUCUAAGCCUACUUUUCACUACUGUAACCACAUUAUUUACUGUCAUCUUUUACAGUGGUACAGCACUUCUCAAUUUUGUGUUAUCUUUGGUAAUUUUUUUGACUACUCUGUUCUAUCUACUGAGUUCAAGUGACGAGUACUACAAACCAGUAAAGUGGGUUAUAAGUCUCACCCCACUUUCUCAGCCAGGACCAUCCUCCAAUAUCAUUGGCCAGUCAGUAGAAGAAGCUAUAAGGGGUGUAUUUGAUGCUUCCCUAAAAAUGGCAUGCUUCUAUGGACUAUAUACUUGGCUCACUCACACAGUCUUUGGGAUAAACAUUGUCUUUAUACCAUCUGCUCUAGCAGCAAUCCUUGGAGCUGUGCCAUUUCUUGGCACAUACUGGGCAGCUGUGCCAGCUAUGUUGGAUCUUUGGUUUGCCCAAGGAGAAAGCUGUAAAGCAGUGUUGCUCUUAGUGUGCCAUUUAUUGCCAACCUACUGUGUGGAUACAGCAAUUUACUCUGAUAUUUCCGGAGGUGGCCAUCCUUAUCUGACUGGUCUGGCAGUGGCUGGAGGAGCAUAUUAUUUAGGACUGGAAGGUGCAAUUAUAGGUCCCAUCCUCCUUUGUAUACUGGUGGUUGCUUCUAAUAUCUACCGGGCAAUGCUUAUGAGCCCAACUUCAUCAGUGCCAACUCCUUCAUCAACUCCAUGGCCAUUACAAAUACAUCGGCAAUUCAGGGAAAAUCUUCCAAGAGAUGACACUUCCCAAGCUGAAUGAAAGUCAUGAAAACUUCUAAUUGCUAAAAUUAAUCUUAGGAGUUGGUGGCCUUCAGACACCGUUUAUGGCCUGUAAUGUGCUGAAUAUGCCCUUAGGCUUUCUGCAGCGUGAAAGAGUAUUUUUAGUGGAAACAUUCAACCUUUGCAUAGCGGAUCCAUAGGAAAACUUGAUGCUACUUCGAUUUUAUACAUCUGGGAGAAGGAUCUACAAGCCUUAUGUAUGAACACCUUAAAUGAAGUCAUUUGGAUUUUUUCCACUAAUAAGAACAAUUAUAUAAGACCUUACAGCAGGGGAGUCAAACCGUGUCACCCAGGUAUUGAUAGUUUGCAACGCCCAUAAUUAUCUUACAGGCAGAGUGGCUCACUGAUCGUUGCGGGAAUUAUACAUCAUAAACAGCUGGGAGUCACAGGUCAUCACACCUGCCUUAAAGUAUUAAUGGACAUAUGAAGGAGUGCUCAGAUGCAUACUAGGGUGAAAUAACUGUGCAAGUAACAAGAUCUUUUCCAAAUGAUAUCCAUUUUGAAUUACAACCUACCAGCACAACAAUGAAAUAUGCUACAAGCAUAUUGUACAAUGUUCAAAUGUUUUACUCUUUACUGAUUUAUUCAACACAUUAAAAAAGGCUUAGAUAAAUACAGUUAUUUAGGUUGACCUACCUUAAGAAAGAAAGCUAAUGCACAUGAUAGGACAUUUCACGUUUUCUCCAAAUGAUGUGCAUGUGUUUAAAAAUAACAAAAACAUUCAUAAACUUGCGUUUCAGCAUUUUUAUUUUUUAGAUAUUUUUUUUUAAAUCUAACCUAAUGCAGUUUGAUUUGCUUUUAUAGAUUAUCGUAAAGAUAGUUUUCUUUGACAGAUCUGCUUCAUUAGUUUGUGUUCACUUCCAGUUUUCACAUAAAGGCAAUGUACCUGUGGAGUGUACUUUUCAUUGCACUAGAAAAGUAAAACUAAAUGUUAUUGUAAAGAUUGUUUUCUUAGUUGACAGAUCUGUUUCACGUGUUUUUGUGUCCACUUUCAGUUUUUACACAAAGGCUAUAUACCUGUUGAGUAUACAUUUCAUAGCACUAGAAAAGGACAACUAAAUAUCCAAAACUUUAAAAGCUUUGUCAAAAAGCUACUUUUUUCUGUGGCCAAAGCAUUUGCACUUUAAGCAUAUUGAAAUGCAAAUAUAUUACUUAAUACUA